AUGGAGCUGCUGUCGCCACCGCUACGCGACGUAGACUUGACGGGUCCCGACGGCUCUCUCUGCAACUUUGCCACAGCGGACGACUUCUACGAUGACCCGUGUUUCGACUCCCCGGACCUGCGCUUCUUUGAGGACCUGGACCCGCGCCUCGUACACGUGGGCGCAUUUCUGAAACCUGAGGACUCCCACUUCCCUGCGGCUGUGCACCCGGCCCCCGGCGCCCGCGAGGACGAGCAUGUGCGCGCGCCCAGUGGGCACCACCAGGCGGGCCGCUGUCUACUCUGGGCUUGCAAGGCGUGCAAGCGCAAGACCACUAACGCCGACCGCCGCAAGGCUGCCACCAUGCGCGAGCGGCGCCGCCUGAGCAAAGUCAACGAGGCCUUCGAGACGCUCAAGCGCUGCACGUCUAGCAAUCCUAACCAGCGGCUGCCCAAGGUGGAGAUCCUGCGCAACGCCAUCCGCUACAUCGAGGGCCUGCAGGCGCUGCUACGCGACCAGGACGCCGCGCCCCCUGGCGCCGCUGCUGCCUUCUAUGCGCCCGGCCCGCUGCCUUCUGGCCGCGGUGGCGAGCACUACAGCGGCGACUCCGACGCAUCCAGCCCGCGCUCCAACUGCUCCGACGGCAUGAUGGAUUUCAGCGGCCCCGCGAGCGGCGCCCGGCGACGGAACUGCUACGAUGGCUCCUACUUCAGCCAGGCGCCCAGCGAACCGAGACCCGGGAAGAGCGCUGCCGUGUCGAGCCUCGACUGCCUGUCCAGCAUCGUGGAGCGCAUCUCCACCGACAGCCCCGCCGCGCCCGCGCUGCUGCUGGCCGACCCGCCGCCCGAGUCGUCCCCGGGCCCGCGCGAGGCGGCCGCCGCGGACGAGGACGAUCGCGGCGCCCCAACCCCUACCCCCGAUGUUGCCCCGCAGUGCCCCGGGGGCGCGAACCCCAACCCGAUCUACCAGGUGCUCUGA